AUAACACAUGCGCAGAACAAGAUCCGGAUCCUUAGCAUUGAGAAAGAUGUUUCUGGAGGGGCGAGUGAGAAAACUCUGUAUUCACAGCCACAACCUUUUUCGAAAUAAGACACAGACAGGUCAAGUCUGUCAUCAACCUCCUGUUUGCCGCCUACACCGGAAACGUCUCAGCACUAAGGAGGUCAAUUAUCGUCCAUCUCGUGACACUGCUGACCUGUUUCUGUCUGUCUGCAGAUUUGCUCUGUCCUCCAUGGACAUGGAGCAGAGGGACUAUGACUCCAGGACGGCUUUACAUGUGGCUGCAGCAGAAGGACAUGCAGAGGUGGUGCGCUUCCUCUUGGAGGCGUGCAAAGUGAACCCUGUUCCCAUUGAUAGGUGGGAUAAGACCCCAAUGGAAGAGGUCUUGCAUUUUGUCCAUCACGACAUGGUCACCAUCCUCCAGGACUAUCAAAACAAGUACAACCCACAAGAGGCCCCCAAGAAGGACAACGAGACAGCAGAGAACAACCUGGGCGGCCUGCUGUAGUGUAGACAUCCAAGCCAGUUGAUGGCGCCACGCUGCUUUUGUAUCCUCUCUAUUAGACUGCUGUUUCUUUGGUGGGAUAAACACUUUAUGGAGUGACUUUUGUCGACUUUGUAUGAUGACUUUAUUUCUGAACUGUGUGUUUGAUUAAAUGUGUUUGACAUUUUUUAUACUCUUUUGUUUUACUGUAAGUGUUUUGCUUGACCUUUUGUUGUGUGAUUUGGUGACGGUGUUGCUUAUUUUUGCUGUAUCUUUCCUCUUUCGUCCUCUAGUCUUUCCCUCACCAAGUGUGUGUGUGUGUGUGUGUGUGUGUGUGUGUGUGUGUGUGUGUGUGUGUGUGUGUGUGUGUGUGUGUGUGUGUGUGUGUGUGUGUGUGUGUGUGUGUGUGUGGUGAGAGUGAGUCCCAAAUCGAAGUGCAGAAUCUGAUUGAAUCUUUGUGACAUUGGUGUGCAAUAUAAAGUGAUAUUAUUAUACAUAUGCUGCUACAUGUACAUUGUAUAUUUAUGUACUGUAUAAAGUAAAUAUAUUUCAUGAUAUCAAG